CAGAAGCUUUUAUAAACUCUCGUCCACUGACGUACAUGCCUCAAAGUUCGGCCGACUACGAAGCGUUGACACCCAACCACUUUUUGGGUAACUCCACGGGAGAUCAGGACCCUAUGCGUGAUCCAAUCAGUCUCAGCCAAGCACUGCAAAGCAGUUACCUUCGUUCGCAGUAUUUAGCUGAUGCUACAUGGGACAGAUGGCUGAAGGAAUACUUUCCUAAUAUGAACAAGCGGUCCAAGUGGUUCGAAGAUGUGGUGUCGGUUAAACUUGGAGACCUGGUAUAUAUUGCGGAAGGCAGUCGGCGUACCUGGAUCCGAGGAAGGAUCGUGGAGCUAAUCCCGAACAAGGAUGGAAGGAUCAGACGUGUUGCAGUACAAACGACAUCUGGACGACUCGAGAGACCGGUGGCGAAGCUGGCCGUUAUGGAGAUAGGUAACGGUGAAUCCGAGCAAGGUGAUACGGAGGCCGUUCCGGAUUCACGGGGUGGAGAAUGUUCUGGCAUCCCUGACGUCGCUGCAUCUGAACAGACCUAACGGCCACGCUACGAACUGUCAAACCAGAAAACGGUUAGAAGUGAAAAUUUGCGACGAACCAAGAAAGACAAGUGACGCUCUGCGUAUAUUUUAUAAAUUAACGAUAGUUUUAGUUGUUAAAGUUGUUUGUGCCAUUCCGCACAUCGGUAAAAACCCGAUCUAAGGCUGAUACCACGCACAGUCGAGCAUUCCUUUCAAAAGGGCCGAUAUAGGUUAGAUUUUCUUUUAUUGGUAUCAGAAUUAUUUGUAAUAAUGCGCAUUUUCUCGAACUCUAGGCCAGAAAUCUAUGCUCUCGAUUAUAACUUGGCAUCAAAACACGGAAACUCCUCUUGUACUAAAGGAGACAAAUGUAAGAAACAAAAAAUCCUAUGUAAAACUAUUUGCCCUAAUAAACUCAUUGUUUUUUAGCUUUGAGCUGCUCCUGCUCCUGCUCCAACUAGAGCUGCUGCGAGAAC